AUGGUAGAAGUUCUUGGUCAUUUGAUUGCUCGAAAGCGUUCUCAGGGGAUGUGGAAAGGCAUUGAGAUAGCUCGAGGGGUGGAUUCCACAACUCAUUCUCAGUUUGUUGAUGAUACUUGUCUUUUCAGAGUGGCCUCCAUGCAUGAAGCAACGGUAAUGGAGAAAGUGUUGGACAAAUUUAGUUGGGCUUCUGGGCAGGAAAUAAAUUGGAAUAAGUCGGAGAUUUUUUUCUUCCACACUGAAGUUGGGUCUCAAAGGGCUAUAGUCAGAUUGUUUGGGAUCCGGAUUGGACAGCUUCCUGGGAAAUUCCUUGGAAUGUUGCUCUUUGUUGGAGCUGGGAAGACAAAAAUUUGGAAAGGGUUGCUAGAUGGAAGAAAAAAUGGAGGGUUGGAAGAGCAAAUGGCUCACUUUGGCUGGUCAUCUUCUAAUGCUGAAGAUAGUUGUAUCAACUAUGCCUAUUUUCCCAAUGGCUUGUUUUAA